UAGCAGCCUAUUAGAUUUGCAUACGGCAUUUAGAACCACCGGACUUUUACCUUUAUUUCAAGUGCACAGUUCCGGGUAGUCUGACAGACACACAGUGAUAAAGUUCAACAAAGGUAGAUCUCUCAGAGAUGCACUCUAGCUACCACAGUUGGCACUUCAAACCUGGAUUAUAAGGAAAAGGGGAGGCAUCCUCGGACUGCAAAACCUGUUCAAGCAGCCAGCAGAUUUCCCUGAAUAAGCAGCACGUUAACCAGAAUACAGUAGGAGGACCUUUCAGACCUCCAGGGGACGAAAGAAGAGAGGGACAGACAGAAAUCACCGCCGGGUUAACCACUAUAGAGGAAGAUCAAGCCAAGGAUCCAUAUGUCACACUACAAUAACACUGGAGGAUAUAACAACCCUGCCUAUCAUGACAGUGACACCCUGGAGAUAGAUAGGAGUCCUUCUAGGAAAUCCCAAUCCCAUCACAGUAACCCCCAUGGUAACCCCUACCCCAGGGAUGAUGGAGCCGGGGGUGAGAGGGGCAGGUCUGAUCUUCAGCAGCUCCCAGGAGGGGUCCAAUCCAGCUACAACGAUGCCCAGGAGAGAGUGCCCUGGGGCGGGUGGCAGGAGGGGAGCUGGAGGGGCAGAGACAGCAUUCCCAUGGGUCUCCUUCCUCCCCGGUCGGAGAGCCCACGAUGGCAGCAGCAUGACCUCAAUCACAGCGGGUACCAGAUCGACCAGGCAACGCAUUAUGACACAACGCCUCCUGUACGACUUCCAUCUGCAACUUCAGGUCAUGUUUCGAUGAGGUUCAGGGGGUCGAGGAAGAUGAGUCUAUUCCCUGUAGGAGAGGCUGCUCUGGGCAAUCUGGGCCUUUCUGAGGACGACAUCAGGAAUGAGAUGGAAAAUGAGGAACAAAACUUGGUCCAAGAGCUGGUUGCUAUGUCAACGAGGGACAGAAUCAAGGCCAUCCGAGACCUCCCUAUGAGCUUUGAUGACAAGAAACACAUCAGGGGCCAAGUGUUGGCGUUGAAAUCAUUCAAAAAGUCCCGGCAACUGAACUGCUUUGCGGACUGCUCAACGACUGUCUCACUGGCGUUCCGCAGGUGCGGUGCUAACAUGACUUUAGCCAAGCAGACCCUGGAACUGUGGCGGGGUACCAUGAAGGAGGUCGGGGGUAAAUUUGGCACGGGGGUCCUCUCCUACUUCAAGUUCCUAAAAUGGCUGCUGAUGUUCAACAUCUUCUCCUUCCUGGUCAACUUUGGUUUCAUCACCAUCCCCCAGCUCAUCUAUCACCCCACGCCAGACAUCCCCGCUGGGGUCAGCUUCAAAGGGCUAGAGAUACUGACCGGAGCGGGUUAUUUCAGCCACACAGUGAUGUAUUAUGGCGGCUACAGUAAUAAAACACAAGGGACAGGGGGCCGGUCUGAGUACAACAUGCAGCUGGCCUACUUCUUCACCGUAGCAGCCUACAUGGUGUUGUGUGGAGCCGCCCUCAUCUACAGCAUGGCCAGCUCGUUCAGGAAGAAGUAUGUCCUUGCAGACUCAGGCUUGGGUGGAGCCUGGCAGCUCCUGUGUAGCUGGGACUUCAGUGUGACUAACGAGAAAGCCGUACGACAGCGCAAGAACAAUCUGCGCAUCCAACUCAAGGAGUCCUUAUCAGAAAAGAUCCAGGUGGCCCUGCUACCUCUGACAGAGAGGCUGAAGCACUAUGGGGUCUUCCUGGGUACCUGGCUCCUCUCCACGGGCAUGGCCUUGGGCUGUGGCGCCAGUGUCUACUUCCUGUGUCAAUAUGACACAUGGCGGACGAGGCAGUCAUCGGACAAAGCUUCCGGCUCUCUCCUGGAGGAGGCCGCUACUCUCCUCCUCCCCUUUGUGGUGUCCCUGAUCAAUCUGGUCGUCCCUCUCUUCUACUCUCUGUUCAAAAAGAUAGAGCACUACUCCAACCCUCGCAUGCAGGUCUAUGCCAUCAUAGUCAGAAAUGUCAUUCUCAAGAUGUCCAUUCUGGGUAUUCUCUGCUACUACUGGAUGAAGGAUGUGGCCAAUACAUUUUCAUGCUGGGAGUCCAUCGUAGGACAAGCCUUGUACAGACUGGUUAUUAUGGACUUCCUCUUCAUAAUGUUAGGAUCCUUCUUUGGAGAGUUCUUGAGCAAUGUCAUUGGGACUAAAUGCAUACAGAGCCUGGGAGUUCCAGAGUUUGACGUUGCCAGGAAUGUCCUUGACCUGAUCUAUGCACAGACCCUGGCAUGGAUCGGAAUCUACUUCUCUCCCCUCCUCCCAGUGAUACAGAUAAUCAAGUUCUUCAUCCUCUUCUACCUAAAGAAGGUCAGCCUGACCCUGAACUGCCAGCCCCCCAGGCGAGCCGGCAGGGCGGCUCAGAUGCAAACCAUCUUCAUCGCUAUCCUCUUCUUCCCUUCCUUCGUGGGGGCUCUGUCCAUGGUGGCCUACACCGUGUGGAUUCUGCCCCCCUCAGACAAGUGUGGGCCCUUCAGGGGCCUCAACACCACCUUCAGUGCAAUACAGAUCUGGAUGGACGAUUUGAACAGGGUGGAUGCGUUUCAGUGGACUGUCUGGAUCUACCAGCACGUCAUCAGGAGUGAGAUAUUCUACUUCCUGAUCUCCCUCAUCAUCCUUGUCUUCAUUUACAUCUUCAGGCAGAUCACUCAGGGACGCCAGCUGCUUAUCAUUCUACUGAGACAGCAGAUUGUUAAUGAAGGGAAGGACAAGGCGUUCUUGUUGGAGAAGCUACAGAACCUUCAGAAAUCCAAGCAGAACAAACAGAAAAAGAAAAAACAGGUCAGGAAAAGACAGGAAAAUGAAUCCUCCACUGGCAUGCUCCAGGCUCUGAUUGCCCGACAGCGGUUGGAGCAAGAGAAUGGUGACAGCAGCAGCUCUUUCGGUGUGCCUAUGCCUUCCGGCCACUCAGUCUCCACGACAUCGAGUGCUAUGAUGCAGGCCAUGCUAGCCAGGCAAUACGCAGAGGACCAGGAUGUAGCCAGUUAUCGCGGGGUGCCAUUUCCUGCAGACCAAACACCUGCGCCCUCCAGUGCACUGAUACAGGCCAUGCAAGCCAGGCAAAGGGCGGAGUCACAGAAUGAGGACGAGUUUUACCGGGCGCCAGUUCAGUCACAGAACCCAGUAAACGCGUUACCCAGUGCGAUGAUACAGGUGAUGCAAGCCAGGCAGAGGGUGGAGUCAGAGCAGGAAGAGGACCAGUUUUACCGGGCGCCAGUUCAUUCAGAACACCCAGUGUCAUCAACACCCAGUGCGAUGAUGCAGGUCAUGCAGGCCAGGCAGAGAGCAGAGGAGGAGGAGAGCGAGUUUUACCGGGCGCCUGCUUCUUCACAGCACCCAGAUGCGUCAGGCACCGGUAGUGCUCUGAUACAGGCCAUGCUAGCCCGACAACAGGUAGAGGAGGAGUACGGUGACAGAUACUGAGCAUGACCGAGAACUGAACCACUUGGGGUGUAGACUGUUUCUAUUGGACCAUAAAAGAGUGUAACCAAUGGGGUGUGAAAAGAUACAUCUGAUAUAUGUAUUCCCUUUUGAUAAAAGAACACAUUGUUUUUGUACAAUUUUUUUUUGAAUAUUUAAUAUAUUUGUGUACUGUAUGUAUACAUGAUAUGUGCUUAGUCUGUAAAAUACUGUCAAUGAAUGAAUGUAGGAAUAUUCUUAUCUGUAUUAAAUUGUAAA